AUGUCGGAUCGUAGUGAGGUAGUUCCAGAAGAAGUCAGUAAUAGUAAACAAGCCUUUACAACGUGUGCGAAAUGUGGACUCCUAAUAGUUGGACAAUUUGUACGAGCAUUGGGAGGGACAUACCAUUUAGAGUGCUUCAAAUGCCAGGACUGUGGAACUAUUGUCGCUGCUAAAUUUUUUCCAAUAGACGGUUUAGAAGGAAAACAUCACCCUUUAUGCGAACGAGACUAUUUUCGACGUUUAAACCUCAUCUGCGAAAAGUGUGGUGGUGCACUUCGAGGAUCUUAUAUUACCGCUCUUGAUAAAAAGUAUCACAUUGAACACUUUACAUGUUCUGCUUGCCCUACAGUGUUUGGUCCUCAAGAUUCGUAUUACGAACAUGACGGACAGGUUUAUUGCCAUUACCAUUACUCCACUCGAUUUGCAGUCAAAUGUACGGGUUGCCAAACUGCCAUUUUAAAACAAUUUGUAGAAAUUAAUCGAAAUAGUAUCGACGAACAUUGGCAUCCUGAAUGUUACAUGAUCCAUAAGUUACAUGUUUUCUUAUAUUUAACUCAUGAGGAAAACUUUAUCAAUUUAAUUGAUGGGUGUACCUAUGAUAUGCAAGGUUUGGAAAAUGUUGAUCAACCAGAACCUGAAAUUUCAUCACCCGAAGAACUUAAAAAUCAACAAAAAGCCAUGGAAGAAAAAGUUUACAAUAUAUGGACAGUGCUUUCUACAUUUGAAGAAAUGUCAGCGGCAUGUAUUUCGGAUAUGCUUGUACACGUGUCAAAUGGAUCUUAUUUUAAUGGCGUGAAAAUGGCAGAAAAAUUUAUCAAUCACGUUGAAAUAUUGUUCACUGCUAUCGAUAACUUGGAAGCUCAAUUAGUAAAAGCAAGUGGACAAGGUCUUCAACAUAAUAGGGAAGCAAAAAUGCUUUGCAAGAAAAUAGUUAAUUUUUUCUCUCUAUUGUCAAAUACACAAGAAUCGGACGUCAGACGAUUGGGUAUAACACAGGAACUCUUAUCUCUAGUGACAGGAUUAGCACAUUAUUUAAAAAUUUUAAUUAGGAUCGCGCUUACAGGUGCAUUGAAAUUGGAAAGAGAUUUUGAAAAUGCUACGGCAAUAGGACAGUUCUUAAAUAAACUUUCCGAACUUACAAACAAAGGUAGUCAGCAAGAUAAAGUAACAAAUGUAGAUGGUGAGGCAACAUCAGAUUUAUGUCAUGCGUGUCGCAUUACAGUUGAAGAAGAAUGCUAUAAAUAUGGACAUUUUCGAUGGCAUAUUGGUUGUUUGAGAUGUUCUGGAUGUUCUCGUGAAUUGCGUACAAUAUUUAAGGAUGCGUCUUUCAAUCAGAUAACGGAAAUGGCAUUUUGUCCAAAGGACACCAAUGAACAAUCUUUAAAAGGGUUCCAGUAUGUAUCUCAAUUAGAACAGUACACAUAUUUGUUACGAGUGGCACUGUCACGUUUAUAUAAUUUACUUAGGCGAAAAGAUGAAAGCCAGAAUCAAUCGGUUAUUGAUGUUAAUCGUGGACAUAAAGAUCAGAAAUCCGAAACAGUGAUUGUUCGUAGGGAUUCUAUUUUAAAAUAUUCCAGUGGUGAUAAUUAUGACCCACUUAAUAAAACUGAUAUAAAACGUAUGAAGUCUGUUCACAUGGAUCGGAAAUUAUCCACUUCGGCAAGAAUUGCGACACGAUCUAGAAUAAUAGAACAUGAAUCGGAGCCUUCUACAAGUUCAAUUCCUGAUGGUACUGCAAAGGAUAAAUUAGCAAGAGCUCCUUCACAACAUCAUGUUAAGAUUGUACAAGAUCAAGUGUUCGAUUUGCAAGUACAAGAAAAUAGAAUAAAAUUCGAUUCGCAAAACGAAGCUAUUACAUUGGCUGAUAUUUCCGCUUUAGCCGCAGGUUGUAUGGCAUCUGAAUGUAUCCCUGACGACAAGGCAAAUAAAGAAUCAAGACGCAACUCACGUGCAAAGUGUUAUUUGUCUGAACUUUCUGCUCUAGAAUUUUUCAUUGUAAAACAUGUAGCAGUUCUUGCAAUGGAACAACUUUUGAAGGAGCAUUUCUCAUUAGAAGAGUUAUUAGACUUAAUUGGAUCAAAAAAAGCUACAUUCUGGGCAAAAUUUGUAACGUCAAUUAAGCCUGCAGAGAAAAAGCCUGUUAAGAAGAAAGGUACAUUUGGUGUUCCCCUUGAAAUCCUAGUUGAAAGGUAUGGUAUUGAUUCUGUGCUAGGUGCAGGUCCUGGUCGUAUAAAGGUUCCUAGCUUUGUUGACGACAGCAUAUCCGCUAUGAAAACAAUGGAUAUGUCAGUUGAGGGUAUAUUCCGUAAAAAUGGCAACAUUCGACGGCUAAAAGAUCUUAGCGAAGCGAUCGACAAAAACCCUUCAGCAGUAAAUCUUUCCGAAGAUAAUCCCGUACAAGUUGCUGCGUUAAUGAAAAAAUUUUUACGUGAUCUCCCUGAUCCGUUACUUACAUUCAAAUUGCACAAACUCUUUAUAACUUCACAAAAACUACCAAAUGAGGCAGAUCGUAAGAAAAUUUUGCAUCUUACAUGCUGUCUUUUACCAAAAAUUAAUCGCGAUACCAUGGAAGUACUUUUCAUAUUUUUCAAAUGGGUAGCUUCAUUUUCACAUGUAGACGAAGAAACAGGGAGCAAGAUGGAUUUGCAUAAUCUUGCCACAGUAAUAACACCUAAUAUACUAUAUUCUAAAUCAAAGGAUCCAACUAAAGAUGAUUCAUUUUUAGCUAUUGAGGCGGUACAUAGUUUGCUUAAAUAUCAGGAUGAUUUCUGGGUGGUUCCAGAAGAUUUAUCCGCCAUUUUACAUGAUCAAGACUUAUUAAAUAAUCCCGAGGGGUUAACUUCAAAAGAUAUAUUAAAACGUUGUGAGAAAUUUGUGUCUCUAAAAAAAGAUAAUGUAAAUAUUAAUGACAAUAUAAGCGAAGGUUCAAGUUCUGGUGGUGAUGGAGACAUACAAGUUUUACGUCAUAAUAAUAACCCACAACAUCAGACAUUUAUUGAAAAGGGAAACAAUGAAAAUCAUCAAAACGCGAAUUCUACUAAUAUAUAUCCAGCUUCGUCAUCUUCAAUUGUCAAAAGUGAAAGUUCAAUUCCAGUUGAACAACGGGCAUCUUGA